AUGUCAACGAGUUUAAAUCAAUGCCAAUAUGGUUACAGGCCGUACAUCGACAGUUCAACGAAUGCUAUAAACCCUUGCUUUUUUUCGCUGAUAAAUUUGAUUCAAGGUGGUUUUUUUUUCAUCAUAGGUUUUAUACAGCUGGUACAGCUGUGCAAAGAGCCUCGAGCGCCCUCCAGCAUUAAUUAUCACUCAGUAUCUACCAAGCUUUUUUACCAGUUGACAAAUAUUGGCCUGCAGGGAGUCCUAGUCUUAUGUGAACUCGUUUUCAUUUCUCAGCCAACAGAAAUCUACCCAAGCGUAUUACACUACUCGCUUACAGUUCACCUUUUAUUCGAUGUUUUCAUUUCUUUACCAACAAAAUAUCUGGAAUAUUUCAAAUGCACGUGUGCUAUUGGUAAUCAAUUGUUCUAUUACAUGAUUCAAAUGAUGGUCUUAGCGCUGCAACUUACAUUACGUUUAGUGAGAUCCCCAGACGAGCGUUUUAACUUGAUUAGAGGGCAGACUGGGGCAAUUUUUGAAGUCAUCAUACUCCUCAAUUCUAUAAUAAUAUUCCUCAACGAAUUUUACUUUUAUGAACCUUCAAGUGAGUUGCUCAGGUUUUACGAUGAGAAAGGAUAUCCUCGUGAUAACAAUAUUUUACAGAAUGUUACUUUUACAUGGAUGAAUGAUUUAAUAACAGACACCUAUAGUCAGGGGGAAAUACCAAAUCCUCGUAACCUUCCCACUCUUCCCGCAGAUCUGAAUAUUGAAAUUGUAAGCAAAAAUCUUCAAAGCAAAUGGGAAACUGAGAAAUGGCGCGGUAGGAAUUCUUUAUUUAAAGCUCUUUCGAAAACAUUCGGCAAAACAAUUCUGAUCGCCAUAUCGUACCAAACUCUUAAAGAUCUGCUCUCUGUUCUACAGCCACAACUUUUAAGAAUGUUCAUCUUAUGUUUCAACAACGAUAGGGAGCAGAUAUAUCCUCCCAUUAACGGAAUGUUUAUCGCAUUCGGUUUGUUUUUUACCACUGUUUUAUCAACAUUCCUUCAAAAUCACUAUUACAUUAGAAUAUUUGAGGUUGGUUUAGGUAUGAAGGGUUCCUUGAUUGCCAUGAUAUAUCAAAAAUCUCUAAAGCUAUCACUUUCCUCCCGCGAGAGCAGAUCAACUGGUGACAUACUUAACAUGGCGUCCACGGAUGCUAACAAGAUACAAAAAUUUUUCGAAGAUUGCCAAGUUAUAUUUGGUGCGCCAGUGAAGGCAACUGUCGUUAUUAUCUCUUUGUAUUCGUUCUUAGGGAAAGCUAUAUUUGCCGGACUAGCUACCAUGGCGGUCAUGAUUCCUAUAAACACUCUGAUUUCAAAACGAGUGAAAAAACUCUAUAAAACUCAAAUGGAAUAUAAAGAUUCCAGAUUGAAAACUACUAAUGAAAUAAUUGGCUCUAUAAAGUCAAUCAAACUAUAUGCAUGGGAGAUGCCAAUGUUAGAUAGACUGAAUCAUAUCCGUAAUGAUCUGGAAAUUCAAAAUUUUAAGAAAAUUGGUAUCGUGAGCAAUCUCAUUGUUUUUUUGUGGAAUUCUGUACCUUUGAUCGUAACUUGCUCAACGUUUGGAUUAUUUUCCUUGCAAAGUGAGACCCCUCUUUCUCCGGAGAUUGUGUUUCCUUCUCUUGCGCUGUUCAAUAUUUUGAAUGAUGCAAUAUAUUCUCUUCCAAGCAUAAUCAAUUCAAUUAUUGAAACAAAAGUCUCAAUGGAUAGACUAACCGCAUUUCUGCUCAGUGAAGAACUUGAUGAAUCAUUCAUCUAUUUUGAAGAGGAGCAGGUGAAUAAAUUGGAUCCCGUUGUAGAGAUUAGCAACGCAACGUUUUUGUGGAAUUCUCUUCCAAGGCUCAAGGAUGAACAAAAUGAGGAUUUCGAGGCCAUAAUAGAAAGCCCGAGAGUUGCUUUGGCAAACAUUUACAAUUUUCAAGUCCCUAAGGGGGCAAUCACUUGCAUAACAGGUAGAGUUGGUUCCGGUAAAUCUACCCUUUUAAGAGCAAUCCUCGGCCAAUUACCAUGCAUAUCCGCCGAAAAUACAGAUGGGAACCCAAAAGUAAUAAUCAGAGCAUCCUCAAUAGCAUAUUGUGCACAAGAGCCUUGGAUUUUUAAUGGUACGAUACGGGAAAAUAUCUUGUUUGGCCAUAGGUUCGAUGAGAAUUACUACCAUGCUACUAUCAGUGCUUGUCAAUUAUUACCAGACCUUGAUGUUUUGCCUAAUGGUGAUAAAACUUUAGUGGGAGAGAAGGGCAUUUCAUUAUCAGGUGGUCAGAAAGCCCGUGUUUCCCUGGCAAGGGCCGUGUUCGCGCGUUCUGAUCUUUACAUACUAGACGAUGUUCUAUCAGCAGUAGACACUGAGGUCAGAACUAAUAUCAUAAACCAAGUGCUGGACCAGCAAAGUGGAUUGUUGAAAAAGAAGAGCAUAAUUCUUGCAACAAAUACUCUUUCCGUUUUGAAGAAUUCACAGAAAAUAUAUGUCUUACAAAUGGGUCGUAUCGCUGAAAGUGGGACUUACGCAGAAGCCAUUUCAAAUGAAAAAAUAACUAUUCUCCAUAAGCUGUUGAAUGAAUUUGAUUUGAAUCUGAAGAAAGCACCAGAUCCUCAAGCUGCCAUCCAAGAAAGUGUUAGAGACGGAUACGAUUCAAUUUUGGAAGAAAAUCGGGAGUCUUCAAUGCUGACCCAUCCCAUGGAGUUGGAAGAGGAAGUUUCAGAACAACUGAAUUCCAGAAGGGCAUCGAUAGAAAGUUUUAAAUCGCCGCUCUUAACCGAUUAUGAGGAUUCAAAAACAACGAAUAAUCAGCAAAUUGAAAAAAUUGAGAGUGGUAGGGUCAAAGCCUCUGUUUAUCUCUUUUAUAUUAAAGCUUGUGGAAUUACGGGUUGUGUCCUUUUUCUUUCUUUCUUGAUAUUAAGCAGGUUGUUUGACCUUAUUGAGAAUUUAUGGCUAAAGAGAUGGUCCGAAGCUAAUGAGAAAAAUGGUAGCAAUCAAGAUGUUCUGAAAUUUGUUGCAAUAUAUGCGUUAAUAGGUAUCUGCUCCGCAGCAUUCAAUAACCUGAGAACGAUAGUGAUGUUGUUCUUCUGCUCAAUUAAGGGAUCUAAAGUACUCCAUGAUACUAUGGCUAAGAAUGUCAUGAGAGCCCCAAUGUCAUUUUUUGAAACAACACCAACUGGUAGAAUUCUAAAUCGCUUUUCCUCUGAUAUGCAAGCCGUUGAUAGUAGCCUUCAAUGGAUUUUUUCUUUUUUCUUCAGGUCUAUCUCCAAUUACUUACUUACUGUGGUUUUAAUCAGUUACAACAUGCCGCAAUUUCUGGCAUUCAACACUCUUCUUCUCGUUGUUUAUAUGUAUUACCAAAGCUACUAUAUCACGCUCAGCAGAGAAUUGAAAAGGUUAAAUAGCGUCUCCGUUUCACCAAUAAUGUCACUAAUUGGAGAGACUCUUGAGGGACAUGUUGUGAUCAAUGCUUUUAAUCAAUUGAAAAGAUUCAAUUUUUUGAACUUUUGCAAUGUACAAUACAAUGUAGAUUGCAAUUACCAUUUGAGAUCCACAAAUAGAUGGUUAUCCGUCCGUCUUGAAACGAUUGGGGCAUUCACUGUUCUUACAACUGCUUUGUUAGCUUUAUCUACCAUUGAGUCUUCUAAAAAGAUAUCUCCUGGGAUGGUAGGGUUGUUGAUGAGUUAUGCCUUACAGGUUACAAGUUCCUUGCUGUGGAUUGUUCGGAUGACGGUUCAAAUUGAAACGAACAUAGUGUCUGUUGAAAGAAUCUAUGAGUACUGUAAUCUCCCUUCAGAGGCACCAGAAAUUAUAGCCGAUAAAAGAGUUAGCAAAUAUUGGCCCGAAUAUGGGAAAAUUGUCUUCAAAGAUUAUUGUACAAGGUAUAGAAAAGGACUUCAACCAGUGCUGAAAAAUUUGACGAUGAAAAUAAAACCACAAGAGAAAAUUGGGAUAGUUGGGAGAACGGGUGCAGGCAAAUCUACCUUCUCCCUGGCUCUGUUUAGAUUAUUAGAGGCUACCGAGGGAUCAAUAGAAAUUGACGGCACUGAUAUAAGUAGCAUAGGAUUAUCAGAUCUCAGGAGUCACUUGGGAAUUAUCCCUCAAGAAGCUGAGGCAUUUGAAGGGACGGUUAGGUCAAAUUUGGAUCCUUUCAAUCAAUAUUCUGACGAUGAAUUAUGGAAAGCAAUAACAUUGUCACACUUGAGACCUCAGAUCGCAAGGAUGCUUGGUUAUACAGAAGAACUUCCACAGUCAUUUGACAAACAGCAGAUAUUAGAAGCUAAAAUCAAUGCACGAGGAAGUAACCUCUCUGUAGGGGAAAGGCAACUAUUGUGCCUAUCGAGAGCUCUUUUGAAUAAAUCAAAAAUUCUUGUAUUUGAUGAAGCAACUGCUGCAGUCGAUGUAGAGACUGAUAAAAUCAUACAAAAAACAAUAAGAAGCGAGCUGAAGGAUAGAACAAUAUUAACUAUUGCACAUAGAUUGGAUACAAUUCUUGACUGUGAUAAGAUUCUCGUGCUAGAUAAGGGCGAAAUAAAGGAGUUUGACACACCCGCUAACUUAUUGUCUAAUAGCGGCUCAAUGUUCUACUCUCUUUACCAGAAAAAUAUGUGA